AUGAAAGCGGCCUUUUUUGGAAGAGAAUGCCUAGAAGAACUUAUGUAGCAAAAUCGCAGAAAACAGCCGGUGGUUUUAAAGUAGCAAAGGACCGUAUUACGUUGUUGUUUUGUUCCAAUGCUUCAGGAGAACGUAUUCUUAAGCCACUCCUAGUACAUCGUGCCUUAAGACCACGUUCCAUGAAAAGUGUAGAUUUCAAUAAAUUGCCUGUACACUGGAUGGCGAACAAAAAGGCUUGGGUAACCAGUGCAAUUUUCACAGAGUGGUUUCAGAAGCACUUCAUCCCAGAAGUUAGGCGCUACAUGAAAGAAAAAUGUCUCGAAUUUAAAGUUCUUUUGAUUCUAGACAAUGCACCAGGCCAUCCAGUUUUGGAGCACCCAAACGUACAAUUUUGUUUUUUGCCGCCUAAUACCACUUCCCUUAUACAGCCACUAGACCAGGGGAUAAUUGCUACGUUUAAAACGUAUUACAUAAGAAGUUCAUUUCAUUAUGUUGUAGAAAAACUUGAUAAUUAUGAGGAAUCAUCAGUCAUAGAUGAAUGGAAAAAAUUUUCUAUAAUGGACUGCAUUAAUCAAGUCAAGAUCGCGUUAGAUUUAUUAAAGCCAUCAACUUUGAACUCGUGUUGGAAAAAUAUUUGGCCAGAAUGCGUAAAAUGCAAAGAUCCUGUUAUCGAUAAUAACGCUGAACUUGCUGAUAUAAUAACAAUGGCCAAUGCAAUUGGUGGGGAUGGAUUCGAUGACCUAUCGUUAGCAGAUGUAGAAGAAUUGUUGGUAGAUGAAAGCUUGAGCGAAAAUGAAAUUAUCGAAUUCACCCCUGAGACUCGUUAUGAUAAAGAACAUAGUGACAGUGACGAAAGAGAUCGUCCAAUUUUGAAAGCAUCUCUAAUUAAAGAAGGUCUUGAUCUCGCUACAAAAUUAGGUAGUCAUUUUGAACAACAAGAUCAUGACGAGGAACGAGCUGCCAAAUUUCAACGUGAACUGAAAUCAUUAAUGGCAUCUUACAGGGAAGUUUAUAAUGGGUUAACGCGAAAUAAAACUCAAUCUAAGAUAACUGAUUUCGUUCAAAAAUCUACUGAUGUCCCAACACAGUCGGAACGUUUACGUUUAUUAUCAGACAGUGACAAUAAAUAA